UCUCACUGCCCGCAUCGCGAAAUUGUGUAUUUUGUGCUUCUCGUCAUUUGAUCUUUGAUUGGAUUCAUUCUUGAGGCCACAAGAAAUCUGACACCAUGGCCGACAGAAGUCGUAUGCUGCGAAAAAAGGACAGACAAGAAAAAGAAGCCGGUGAAAAGACCAGGGAUGGAAAUGAAGUGAAGAAUGAAGAAGAAAAUGCUCAAGAUAAUAGAGGGGGGCCAUCAGCUGAGCAAUCCUCCACCAAUGAUGUAACAGCUGAUGGUAAAAAUGGAGAUCUUCAGGUCGAGCCAAUGGAACUCCCUCCGUUUGAAAUCAUUGCAGGUGAUCGAAUUGAUCCUUUCGCAUUCAAGUUCCAGUUCAAGAAUGUGGAAUACUCCUCGGGCCGCAAUAAGACGUUCUUGUGUUACCUGGUGGAUCAAGGGAAAACAGCUGAUGGGGUCCUGAGAGGCUUUCUGGAGGAUGAACACGCCGGAACUCACGCUGAAGAAGCCUUCUUCGCACAGUGCCUGUCUGACUACGACCCUUCACUCAAAUACACAGUCACCUGGUAUGUGUCAUCUAGUCCCUGCUCUGCUUGUGCAGCAAAGAUAGCCGAUGUGUUAAACGCCAAGAAAAACAUCAAAUUGAGCAUCUUUGCUGCUCGGCUGUUUGAGUUUGAGGAAGCAGAGAUUCAGGCUGGGCUAAAGGCUCUGCAUACGGCCGGAUGUAAGCUGAGGAUGAUGAAGCCUCUGGACUUUUCCUAUACCUGGGAUACAUUUGUGGAGAAUGAGGAUCAACCUCUUAACCUGUGGGAAGACUGCAAAGACAACUAUGAGUAUUAUCAUGAGAAGCUGUCUGACAUUCUGCAGUGAACACAGUAAACAUGAGUUAAAAGAGAGAAGGGUAUCUUUUUUGACAACAGGAGUCCAUGGAAUUUUUAGAGCGGGAAAGUUCCGAAAGGGCAAUUCACAGCUGUGGAAGUGACUGCCAGAUGAUCUAUUUCGUGUCGUAAUCUGAACCUUGCAGUAGAGCAGAUGUGCAACUGUGCCACAUGAAUUGCAACCCUAUUAUAUGACACAAAAAGAAACCCAAAUACAGAGGUGGGAAGUAACCUUCAUGACUGCACUUGA